AUGGCCGCUGGUCAAGGGAACGAGCCGGCCCUGGAUGCCAAGGCCGAAGCGGCCAAGUCUGGGAAGAAGAAGGCGGGUGGUAAGGGCACUGCAACUGCGAAGGCGGCAGGAGGUCCGAUCUUCAUGCCCCCGCAGGCACAAGUCCUGACGCCCACUGUGCAGGUGCCACGGCGCUUCCCAGGACACUUUAUGCCACAUCGGCUCUGCAACCACUGGAACUUGCAGGGCUGGUGCAAGAAGGCUGAGACCUGCACCUUUGCGCACGGGAUAGAGGAGUUACAUCCAGAUGUACAAUCGCAGCUGCUACAACAGAAGCCAGGCAUGCCGCCACCAACCGUUACAAAAGACGGUCGACUGGUGGUCCAUGGCAUCAGCGCAGCGUCGAAGCCUGCUGGCAAGGUGGUGACAGAAACUGUCAGCUACCCCUCAGCGCAAAUGCAGUCGGCCCUUGCAUCCCUUUACGGCGCACAAGCCACCUCACUGCUGUCAGGUGCUAGCCUUCCCUUUGCGACUUCCAACUUCCCCUUCAACCUUCCAGGCGCACAGGCGCUAAUACCGCAACUGGCAGCGCAGCCUGGUCUUUCAGAGCUGAAGGAGGAUGCAAGUGACGCUGAGGCAGAAGACCCGGCCUGUUCUAGCUCUCCGGGAACCCCGAGCAGGCGACGUCCCGCACCAGCGCCCCUUUCGCUGGAUGACAUCUCCCCAGCGGACGGCCAAGCGAUGAUGGUUCGACCACUGGUGUCCCCCAGUGUUGCCGCCCGCUACACGACAAUCAGGACCCAGCCGAUGGCUUCGCCAAUGCGAGUUUCCCUGGUGUCAAGGCCACUGCCAUCUCCGAUUUCGACAGGCUUAACGCCAACGGCAACGGCCGGCACAAUGUCCAAUACCGCGACAUCUGUUGCAAUGGCCGCGAUCUCAACGCCUAAAGCUACACCGGUGCAGCAAUCAUUGACCAGUCCAGCGAGGGUCACGGCACACUUCAGCGUGCGUUCGCCCACAAGCGGCCUAGUAUGGCCAGGCUCGCCUACCACAGUGAUCUCGCCCUCUGGGCAGCCAGCGACGCCGGUCCCGAUUGACAGGAGCACGCUUCUUCAGGCAAGGCAGGUGGCGGUCCGCUUGGACCAGGGCCCUCCAGGACUGGCGAUGUGGGCACCGACGCCGACAACAAAGGCAGGCGCCUUGGGUUUCCGCUAUCCAGCGCCAGGAUAUGUGUCCGUGGCACCAAGAACACCAGCGUGA